AUGACGCCGUUCCUAUCACCACGCCUGUCCGGCCCUCCUCGACGCUCCAAUGCACCGCAGACACCGAGCCCGAACUACUUCGGCUUCCAGACCGAUGGCAGCUCCUUCAUGGGCGAUGCCCCAAAUCACGCAAAAGGCAAUUGGAGUCCACCGUCCUCGACCGUUCGAUCUACCGCUGCCGUCUCGCCUAGCGUAGUCCCACUCGAUCAGAACCCCGACUUCGAUGCGUUCCGUCUGCAGUCAGAAGGCAAGGCCUUCAAUUUGGGCGGGCUGAACAACUUCAAUAUGAGCAAGCCGAGACCGACGGCCGCAAGGACCGCGAGCCGCUCGUCCGUGCCACAACAGGCAUCAACGUCGAAGGGUAAACCCAGGGAUAUCUCUCCAACAUCCGCCUCGUCACAUCGCACCCUGUUGGAUCCCGCAGUCGCCAACUUGUCUCGAUCACCGAAAAGAGUGCUUUCACCUGGAGCUACAGAGAAUCGACGCCGCGGAUCACCACCCACGGAACAUGCCGCAUCGAUGGAGCGUGCAAAUACAGAAGAAGGCAUGCCGCCUCCCGACCAUCCCCGCUUCGCUCUGCCUCUCGAUGCUGCAAAUGUAUCGUACGUCAACGCUAAGCCGCGCAGCGAAACGGCACCACCAUCAAGUGAUGCAGAGUCGACAGUGUUUGCCACUGCGCAGCACGUCGUCAAUUUGAUGAUGUCAAGACCGGACGAAGUACUAUUACUAGACCUGCGAGUCUCCACACAGUACGCCACGUCACACAUUACCGGCGCAUUGAAUCUGUGCAUACCGACGACACUCCUGAAGCGACCAUCGUUCAACGUACAGAAACUCGCGGACACAUUCAAAGACGAGGACCAGCGGAGCAAAUUCGAAAACUGGGAAAGCAGCAGCUACAUCAUCGUGUAUGAUGCCAGCUCGGCCUUGCUCAAAGACGCCAACAUAUGCCUCAACACGAUCAAGAAGUUUCGGGGCGAAGGCUACGAUGGUAUGCUGUAUAUUGUCAAGGGUGGGUUCAAGGAGUUUGCGAAUCGGUUCCCGUCGUAUGUCGAGAGUGGCGUGGAUGCGCAGAGUAAUUCGGUGGACGGUGAUGGCCCGGAAAUCGCACCUGUCAUAGGAGGCUGCCCCAUGCCCAUCACAGACAAGCCCGCGAAUCCAUUCUUCGGCAACAUUCGACAGAACAUGGAUCUGAUUGGUGGUGUUGGUCAGAUGGCGAUCAAGCAUCCCAAUAAGGAGACCAAGUCUGCCGAACAGGACUAUCCCGAAUGGCUGCAAAAGGCGUCGAGUGCCGACGACCAAGGCAAGCGCGUGUCGAACAAGUUUGAACAGAUCGAGAGGAGAGAGAAGAAGCGCAUGGAGGAUGCUUUGUCUGGAAAGGUCUCGUUUGGCACCCCACUCGCCGAAUCGCAAGGCUCUGUGCAAAUAGCAGGACUGGAGAAGGGCAACAAGAACCGCUACAAUAACAUCUGGCCAUUUGAGCAUUCGAGGGUGAAGCUUCAAGGAGUUCCAAAUCACGGUUGCGACUACUUCAAUGCUUCCUACAUCAAGGCGUCGUGGAGCGACAAGCGUUACAUCUCGACUCAAGCUCCUAUCCCGGGCACCUUCAACGAUUUCUGGAAUGUCAUCUGGCAGCAAGACAUUCGCGUGAUUGUCAUGCUGACAGCCGAGAAGGAAGGCGCUCAAGUCAAAGCUCACAACUAUUGGGAUUCGAAAAAAUACGGGCAUCUCCAUCUCGACUUUUUGUCCGAAAAGCGGGCAUCGAUCGAACCGUCCAAGAUUCACCGUCAUCAAAAACGUCGCCCUUCCACCGUCAAGCGAUCCGGCACACUCUCGCAGAAUCCGCAGGUUCCACUCGCGCAGAUCGACACCGGCAAGGAGGGCAAGGGGAGUGAAGAACAGCCCUACGUGAUUGUCCGCAAGUUCACUCUCAGUCACGAUCGCUUUCCCUUUGAGCAAAUGCGCGAGAUCACACAGUUGCAAUAUUCCUCCUGGCCCGACUUUGGAGCGCCGGCACAUCCGACGCAUUUGCUUGGGUUGGUUGAACAGACCGAUGCUGUGGUCAGGGCGACAAACAAGUCGCAUGCAAAGGAGCCCACGGACGCGGAGAAGAGGCCGGUGCUGGUGCAUUGCAGCGCGGGAUGUGGACGGACUGGCACGUUCUGUACGGUCGACUCGGUGAUUGAUAUGUUGAAGCGGCAAAAGUUGUCCAGGAACGAGAGGGAGGGGACGCCGAUGGAUGAUGGCGGGUUCUUCGCCUCCAAAGACGAGGGCGAGACUCAGGUUAAUAAGGAAGAAGAAAGGAUCGAUGGAGGGUGGGUGGGAAGGGAAGAUGUCGAUCUGGUGGAGAAGACGGUCGAAGAUUUCCGUCAUCAGCGCAUCAGCAUGGUGCAGAGCCUGAGGCAGUUUGUGCUUUGUUAUGAGAGCGUUAUGGAGUGGUUGGUGGAUCAUCGAGGGGACGAGGGCGCUGCUGCAUAGAGAGGAAGGUUCAUGAAGGCGAUAUUUUUGUUCGCGUUUGGCGUUUUGGAAGAGCGAGCGAUGGUUCAUAGCACGGAAGAGCACGGAACGUGGAAUUUGGGCUGUACGAGAUGAGAUGGAAGGCCCUCACCACGGCAUUGAUGGCGUUUUCUUCUUUUCUUUUCUCGGGCUUGUUGGUUCUGGCAUGAUGGACGGAACGUAUCGGUAUAGCAUAGCCCAUAUGGAGCAUGGUUCGUCAGUG